AUGGGGCCGGCGGCAAGAGCCACCGGAGGUGAUUGUUGGGUGGUGAAAAAGGGUGACACAAUUUUCAUUGGACAGUAUCUUUUCACAGGAAGUGAGACCACCUCUAUUUGGCUUGAGGUCUUGGAGACAGUCGAUCAAGAUGUCACUUGUCUUGUGAAGAAUAGUGCUACACUUGUUGGCUUCAUUUUUAUCGUGCAUUUAUGUCAAGCUAAAAUUGAGUUGCCUACCUUGACCAGUUAUGACAAGCAGGUUAUUUCUACUUGGGGUUCGUUGAACAGUGUUGACCUUAUAUCUCUUUCCUACACUCGCGGUGCAGAUGAUGUAAAGGAGCUUAGAGCUUUUCUUCAAUCUGCUGAUCUUCAUGAAACUCAGGUUUAUGCUAAAAUUGAAAAUGCAGAGGGAUUGGAGAACUUUGAUGAGAUAUUACAAGAAGCUGAUGGAAUUAUAUUUUCACGUGGGAAUCUAGGGAUAGAUCUUCCUCCCGAGAAGGUGUUUUUAUUCCAGAAAUCUGCUAUUCGUAAAUGCAAUAUUGCGGGCAAACCUGCGAUAAUUACCAGAGUAGUUGAUAGCAUGAUUGAUAAUUUGCGUCCAACACGUGCAGAAGCAACUGAUGUGGCCAACGCUGUGCUGGAUGGGACUGAUGGUAUCUUACUAGGUGCAGAAACACUCAGAGGUCUGUAUCCUAUUGAAUCUAUAAGUACUGUGGGUAGAAUAUGUGCUGAAGCGGAAAGUGUCUCUAAUCAGUCUAUACAGUUCAAAGUUAUAGUGAAGCAUGUUGAAGAACCAAUGUCGCAUGAUGAGUCGGUUGCAUCAUCUGCGGUUCGGGCUGCAAUCAAAGUCAAGGCUGCAGUGAUCAUUGUGUUAACUUCAUCUGGCAAGGGAGCAAGAUUGGUUGCAAAGUAUAGGCCCCCAGUGCCUGUGUUGGCCGUUGUAACCUCAUCUCAAGCUAGUACAUCUGCAUUAACCGGAACUGCUCGGGCUAGGCAACUUCUUCCAGUAAAGGGAAUAUUUCCAGUUUUAGGGGGAUCAAUCAGGGAUGGUGCGACCAGCACAAAUGAAGAGGCUAGCUUGAAACUGGCAAUAAACUUUGGAACUUCGGCGGGCAUCAUAAAGCCUUAUGACCGGGCUGUGAUAUUUCAGAAGAUUGGGGAUUCCUCCAUUGUAAAGAUCAUCGAAUGCAAUGCUUCUUGAGUAGAAAACCACUCUGUUUAUCUUUUUUUUUUUAGGUUUUUCCCUUCAUUAUGAGAAGAAAAGCCUGUUAUGAUAUCGACAAUAACUCAAAAUGUACCUACAUGUUUGCUUCCGGAGAGGUUGAAAGCUUGCCAUUCAUUCAGUUUUAUAUAGAUUAUACAUCUGCAGCUUUAAUUUUUUUUAACAAAACGUUUUAA